AUGCCUGGAACAAAAGACGAGGUUGCUGUUGAGACACCAGAAACCACCACAGAGCCCAUUGUUGCAAAAACAGUGGAAGAUGUGAAGGCAAAGUCCGAAGAGUCUCCAGAGGUAGAAGAAAAAACUACAGAGGAAGAAAAGUCAGAGGAAACAAAAGAUGAAACCACAAAUGAAGCCAGUUCAGAUGCAGCUGAAUCAAAUACAGAACCUGAGAGUGCUGCAGAAAAACGACCUGCAGAAGACAAAGACGAGGAUACUGAAGACGGAACCCCAAAGAAGAAGGCAAAAACAGAUUCAAAUGAGACAGAGUCAUCAAACGGCACAGACGAGACGGAAGGAGCUGUCGAAUCUGCUUAA